AUGUCGUUAUCAUCAAUAUUCAUUGGAUCCGUUAUAAAAACAAUUGAUGAUAUUCCUACACUCAAGAGAUUAAUUUUUGUAAAUAAAAAGGUAAAACAAGUUAUGAAAGUUUUACACGAAAGUCCAUUUAAAAUAACAAGCUUAAAAGUACUUCAACAGGUAUUAUUCUUGUUUGAUAAUUUAUCUUCAAUCACAAUAGACGCUUCCUUGAUUUGUUUGAAAGAAGAAACUUAUAAAAGAUUUAACAAAAUUCAAAUAAAUUUUCAAACUUUUAAAAGCAUCCAAUUGUUUAACUUAAAAGAAGGACAACAUUUUAGUGAUGAGAUUACUCAGAGUGUUCAUGAAAUACAUUUAAAUGAAAAUUAUUCUCAUUUAUAUAACUUUAAGAAUCUAGUUAAACUAAAAACAACAGUUUCUAUUUGUUUUAAAGUACUAGACCAAUUUAUUGAAUAUGGAAAUCCUUCAAUACAAUUUAUUCUUGAUGAAUGUAAUGUAGAUUGUGUUUUUUUAUUAAAUACUAUUAUUGAUACUUUAAAAUAUGAAAAACUUACUGCCAUUUUUGAUGUUCUUAAUAAACCAACAUAUAGGUCUAUUCAUACAAAUGAUAAAAUCCUUAUUGUAAUGAAAUCAAUUGAUAGUUAUUCUCCUCAACUAUCAGAUAAUUGUAUUUUUUAUUCAAAAGUUCCUAUUCAAUCAACUUCUUUUAUUCCUCAUUCUUAUUAUAUUUCUCAAUGGGUUUAUUGUAGAGACGUUCACUCUCUUUCAUUGUCUUAUUCUUCCGUUAUUUUAAAAGAACCAUUGACUCAAUCUCUUACUUCUUUUAACCAACUGUUUAGAAUAAAGAUUAUUGAUUCUACAAUUAAUAAUCGUUGGUUACCAUCAUUUCUUAUAGAAAUUGAAUUGACUCGAUGUAAGUUUGAGCCAAGACUAAUUCAAUUCUCAACCUUUAAGUCAUUACAUUCCUUAGUUUUAGAUAGCUGUAAUAUUACUGGUAUACUUUUACCUCCAAAAAUUAAAGAAUUAACUAUCCAACAUUGCCAUUCUCUUCUUUCAUUUCCACCACUAUCAUCUCUUAUUAAUUUAAGACUAUUCAAAUUCUUAGAUAAUGGAUCAUUUAUAGAAUUAGACAUUCCCUCCUCACUCGUUAAUACUUCUUGUUAA